AUCUCUAGUGAAGAGAAUUUUUUGGGGGUCUUCGAACGGGUCUGGGAGACUGAUGAGCUUAUCUUCCAACGGCCGAGGCGGGAGAUCUCCACGCCGUCACAUGCACCUGAGAAAGCACAAAUCACCGGACGGGAGAAUGUUGCUUCAGCUGCAUACUUCCGGUUGGAUGAAACUCCACAACAUUGAAAUCAACUACGGUGAUAUCGUAGUCUGUCACACCCAUAAAUAUGGCACGUUCAAGCAGCCGAAGACUCACUUCUUUCUCGCUGUCAGUGGGCAUGAACUCCAGCACGUUUAUCCCAUACCCGGGGACCCUUCCGAGCGUGGUGUAAUUGUGAUCGAAGAUAAAGCUAAGAUUCCCCACAAAUUCCAUAGUUUUCUUGAUUGUGACAGCUGCAAAAAUCUUGGAAAUGGACGAUACGAUAAGCAAGCAACGAGUCUACGAGCUGAAAAAUGGGUCGAUAGAUAUACUUUUUACAACGAGGACUCAUGUGCGAGCUAUCACUGGGUCGUGUACUGGGUGACCGGUAGAGUUCCAGAGCCCAAAAUAUAUAUUCCCGGCUUCAAUCCUCGUCUGAACAUGGUGUGCCGCUUGAAAAAUAUCAAAACAUCUCCCGAACCCUUGGGAACGGACACGAAGAUUUCAGAUGAGACUUUAUCUAAAUUAGCUACAAUAUCGGAUGAAGAUGUCUUAGCUGAAAUAUUUAAAAAUGAAUCCAAUCAGUCGGACACUGAAUCUACAGGACGCUACAGCGACGAUGGCAUUGCGAUCGAACAUCCUUAGAAAUGUACUGUCGUAAUAGAAAAGAGAGUCGUACCUAACUAUCAAAUUUACGAAAUCUAGUUUCCCUCAAAAUUCGUCUGAUCUUUUUUAGAGGAGAUCACUGAAAUAGCGAAAAUAGCAAAAUUCAUCUUAUUUUUUUUGAAAA